GCAACCCAUGCAAAAUUGGAAAGAUAUGAUGGAAGUGAAAAACGAGAGUCAAGCUGAACUGAAUGGUGCUGAUGGGAAACAUCACAAUGUGAAAACUACACAGAAAUCUAAAGAGAAACCGUUUGCAUGUUAUCAGUGUGGAAAGAGUUUUACAUAAAGUGUCUUCAACACACACAUGAGAAUUCACAGUGGAGAAAAACCAUUUACAUGCCUUCAGUGUGGAAAGACUUUUAACAGCUCUUGUAAUCUUAAAAGACACCAUGCACAAUUGCACAAUGGAGAGAAACCUCACAUAUGCCAACAGUGUGGAAAGAGUUUUUCAAAUACAUGUGUCCUGAAGACACACAUGAGAAUUCACACUGGAGAGAAACCAUUUACAUGCCAACAGUGUGGAAAGAGUUUUAGAUGUGUGAGUCACCUUAAUAGACACAUGAGAAUUCACACUGGAGAGAAACCCUUUAAAUGUCAUCAGUGUGGAAAGAGUUAUACCUGCAAAGAUUCCUUUGAGAUUCACAAUAGAUUUCACACCGGAGAGAAACCAUUUACUUGUUAUGUGUGUGGAAGGUGUUUCACAGGUAAACCGGUCCUUAUCAUUCAUAUGAGAAUUCACACCGGAGAGAAACCAUUCACGUGCCUACAAUGUGGAAAAAGUUUUGCAAUCCCAACUAACCUUAAGACACACAUGAGAAUUCACACUGGAGAGAAACCUCACGCAUGCCUUCAGUGUGGAAAGAGUUUUACAAGCUCAAGAGACCUUAAGAGACACAUGAGACUUCACACUGGGGAGAAACCAUACGAGUGUGAUCAAUGUGAAAAGUGCAAAUUAACAAAUAUUGUAAAUUGAAACGGUUUGAAUAGACUGACACAACUCAGGAUUUGAUAUUCAUUUUAAAAUCUAAAAAAAUGUGUCAUUUAAAAAACGAUUUCAGUUACAAGUUAGUUAAGCCUCGAAAUGUUAAAAAUGUUUUCUAUUUAGACUGUAGUAAAAAGCGUCUUCUGUCACUUAAACAAACAUGACGUCACACUCUUCAUGCUUCAGUCUCGCGAGGACGCGCUUCUUUGUGCGCGUGCAGAAUGUUCGUCAGAGUUUCAUAAACAAGUGAGUGAUGUUAGUUUAAUAAUUCACUUUAAGAUCAGUGUUUAAGUCUUUAUAUGAUGAUGUUUAAAUGUGUCGUUUAAUAUUGUCAGUCGUGUUUGCUCUAUUGUUAGCUGUAGCAUCUUUAGCUAACGGAACGAUGAUAAAUACUCUUA